AUGGCGAGCUUCAUGUCCAAUUUCUUCCAGGGCGGCAAGGACAAAGUGUCCGGAGACGACUCUCCCCGCCCCGUGACGCCAACGAAAAAGGUCAACAACAACAGUUUUAUCAAUCCGCCGAGCACGCCACAAGGCAGCCCUAGCAAGAAGACCGUUCCACCCGGUGCGCACGAUCUUCCGUCUGCCUUUGACAGCUCCAUGUCGCUCAAUUCGUCCGGCCUCGACGCGCCUGUAAAGCUUACUCGGCCGCAGAGCGUAGUCACCCCGCUCUCGCCUGGCAAAACAAACGCUCAACCCAUCGACGAGUCCAGCAUCAAUGUGGACGAGAGUGUCAUCCACAAGGUGACGACUUCAUCAGGCAGCCCGUUAAAGAAGCAAGGCCAGGAAAACACACCGCCUGUGUCUAGGUUGGCAAUGGUUGAUUCUCCCGCUCAGCACAGCCAUGCUGCCAAGUCCCGCCAGCAACUGUAUGAGACUAGGGAUCGACCAAUGACUUCAUACAAGAAGUUCAACACAUCAAGAGGCCUGACGGCUGAAGAGCGAGAGAUUUUGCAAAAGCCCGGUGUCAAGAGAUUGGUUAAUGUUACCCAACUAUACUUCCUCGAUUAUUACUUUGAUCUUCUCACCUACGUUGGCUCGAGGCAGAAUCGAUUGGCUGCUUUCAAGGCCGAAUAUCCCGAGCCCCCCGAGACCGACGAGCAGACUCAUAGCCAAUUGUGGACUAAAUACACGGGACGCGAGCGAGCCAACCUUCGCAAGCGACGCGUGAGACUUCGCCACGGCGACUUCCAGAUCUUGACACAAGUCGGUCAGGGUGGCUAUGGUCAAGUCUUCCUUGCUCAAAAGAAGGACACCCGUGAGGUGUGCGCUCUCAAGGUCAUGAGCAAGAAGCUCCUCUUCAAGCUCGACGAGGUCCGCCAUGUCCUUACCGAAAGAGACAUUCUCACCACCGCCCAGAGCGAAUGGUUGGUUCGUCUGCUAUAUUCAUUCCAAGACGACAAGAGUAUCUAUCUUGCCAUGGAGUACGUGCCUGGCGGUGAUUUCCGCACCUUGCUUAACAACACGGGUGUCUUGUCCAAUCGACACGCACGAUUCUACAUUGCUGAGAUGUUUUGUGCGGUUAAUGCCCUCCACGAACUUGGCUAUAUUCACCGAGAUCUGAAGCCAGAAAACUUCCUGGUAGAUUCAACUGGCCACGUUAAGCUGACCGAUUUCGGCCUGGCCGCGGGCGUCCUGGCACCCUCAAGAAUCGAGUCUAUGCGAAUCAAGCUGGAGGAGGCUUCAGAAACGUCUGUACCCUUUGGAAAGCCUAUGGAUCAGCGAACGGUGGCAGAGCGUCGUGAAAGUUACCGUAACAUGCGACAGAAUGACGUCAAUUAUGCAAAAUCUAUUGUUGGAUCCCCCGAUUACAUGGCGCCCGAAGUCCUUCGAGGCGAGGAAUACGACUACACAGUAGAUUACUGGAGUUUGGGCUGCAUGCUCUUUGAGGCUCUGACUGGCUUCCCCCCAUUUGCCGGAGCUGUACCGGACGAGACGUGGCGAAACUUGAAGCAUUGGAAGGAGGUGUUGAAGAGACCAGUCUGGGAAGACCCCAACUACUUCCUCAGCAACCGCACCUGGAACUUUAUUACAACUUGCAUCAACUCUCGUACUCGUCGGUUCUCGAAUAUUCAGGAUAUCUAUAACCACCAGUACUUUGCUGAAGUUGACUGGGCAACCCUGAGACAGACCAGGGCCCCCUUCGUCCCGGAGCUGGACUCGGAGACGGAUGCUGGCUAUUUUGACGACUUCAGCAACGAAUCAGACAUGGCCAAAUACAAGGAAGUGCAUGAAAAGCAACAGGCCCUGGAACAAAUGGCUGAGCGUGACGACGAAAUGAGCAAGAGCCUCUUUGUUGGAUUUACCUUCAGACAUCGCAAACCCGCCAAUGAGGAUGGUGGCAGUCCACGGAAGCGCAUUCCCAUCUCAGACAACGAGACAUUUGGGACCAUGCUCUAG